AGACUUCAAGCUUGUGCUAUAAAUAUGACAUUGUAUCUUAAUGUGCUUUCUAUCUCAUAAGCCUUCUCUUAUUCAUAGUAUUUCACACACAUGCUUCACAUUUAGAAUCCUAAAUAUUUUUGUUGCUAUCUCCUUGACAAUUUUUCACUAAUUAACAUAAUGGAACUUCAUUUUAAGCACCAAAUUGGUUUAGUUUGUGUCAUAUUGCUCUUACCUAUAAUGUGUAACUCUCAAGACUCUUUUAUUUGCUCUAGAGCAACCUAUUAUGGUAGCCCAGAUUGUUAUGGAAAUCCAAAGGGAGCUUGUGGCUAUGGCGAUUACGGACAGACAGUAAACGAUGGUAAUGUCGCCGGCGUGUCCUGGCUGUGGAAGAAUGGAUCUGGUUGUGGUGCAUGCUAUCAAGUGAGGUGCAAAAUACCACAAUUGUGUGAUGAGAAUGGAGCAUAUGUGGUGGUGACCGAUCAUGGUGCGGGAGAUAGGACAGAUUUCAUAAUGAGUCCACGUGGCUAUUCAAGAUUGGGUAUAAAUGCUGAUGCAUCUGCAGAACUUUUCAAAUAUGGUGUGGUUGAUAUAGAAUAUAGAAGAGUCCCUUGCAAAUACAAUGGUUAUAACAUCUUGCUUAAGGUCCAUGAACGCAGCAAAAACCCUCACUACUUGGCUAUUAUCAUUCUCUAUGUUGGUGGAACAAAUGAUAUAACUGAUGUUCAAUUGUGGCAGGAAGAUUGCCAAGAGUGGAGACCAAUGCGUAGGGUGUUUGGGGUAGUGUUUGAUGCAGAGAACCCUCCAAGAGGUCCUAUAAAGUUGAGGUUACAAGUGAGUGGUAGUGGUGGCCUUUAUUGGGUGGAAUCCAAGAAUGUUAUCUCCAGUGACUGGGAAGCUGGGGCUGUUUAUGACUCACAAAUUCAGUUUGAUUAAAAACAAAUGCACUUAUAUAGAUAUAGAUUGGAACUAGAUUACUAGUAUUUUAUUGUUUCUUGUUUGUGUCAUUCUAAAAGUUAAUGUUCCUGUGUACUACUAGUGGGUGGGUGGAGUGCACUUUGUACUUGUACUAAAACUGUGGGGGAUUUAUGUACUAAAUAAAUUGUCAUUUCUCC